CGGCGGCCCCAGCUGGCAGAGGCUCGGAAGAAGUUUUCAUGUAGAGCUUUGCAGGGCCUGGCAGACCUCUUCUUCGUUUCGGCCAAAAUUAAUGUCACAAUAAUAGUGUUGUUGGCAUGAUUGGGUUCGAGACCAGUGCCUAUGGCGGAGCGCGGUGAGGGGACCGCAGGGGGGUCACACUCACGAGCCACCACCAGUGGGGCCCACACUGCGGCAACCAGGAACAGAAAUCAGCUGGUUGGGUCAGGAGUGGAGGGGUUGGAGGCUAUCGGGAGUCCCCUGCCCCUACGGAAGCGUAAGAGUGGCAUCACUGAAGUUGUACACACAAAGAGAAGAAAUAGUGACAGCCAACACGAGGCAACAGUGGGUUGUAAUACUGUCAGUCCCAACUCGGCUAGCUCUGCUGGCAGCACGACCAAGAGGAGGAGAGUUACCAGCAAUAGUAGCAACAGUGAAGCACGAGACGCAGAUAGUGGCGAUUGUGGCUUGGAGAGCCCGGCAAGCAAACGUCCGCGCCGGGGCAGUCACCUAGAGAGCCGGAACCAGUCAUCUGCCAGCCUGGCCGCCAACGCACCCAGCACACCCACUCGCAACCAGGUGACACCCAAGAGGAGGUCAUCUCGUAUCAGUGGAAAGACUGGACUACUCAAUGAGGAAUCUGAUAGAAGAGUGAAGGUUCCAGAGCGAGCUGCCCUUAGGAAAUCACCUCGUAUAAGUGCCCUGCAACAGGCCAGGUCAGCAGCAACAGCUAAAGGACAGACUGACUCUCAAGAUAUUGCUGUAACAUUUGCUAAAGCUUCUACUAAUGCUACUGCUUCUUCGUCUAGAACUGUGAGAAGCAAAAAUGAAGUAGGUCAGACGGGAAACAGUGUUAGUGGUAAGGGAAAGUUGUUCACAACAAAGGCAGUGACAAAGAAGACUUGUUCUGACAGGUCACAAAAGGCAUUACAUAAAUCUGGUGAUAAAGUUAAGCCAUCGGAAGGAAAAUUCCAACCCACUGUUACUACAAAGAAGAAACCCCUGGCAAAGGAUCGAGCAGGUGAAUUAGGAGAAAGUUCUAUACAUAAGAAAAAAGGAACUCUGAGCACUGUUAAUACAGUUAAAAACUCUGAAAAGGAAAGCACCGCUAAGAGAGGCAGAAACAAGAAAAAGAUUGAUCAAGCUUACUCCUACAAUGCUCUUGGUAUACCAGACAAAGGAAAGGCACCAUCAGUUAUAAAGAAAUUGGAAAAUAAAGCAGUAAAUAAGUUUUGUCCUCAAGGGACAAAAGGACCUGUUUGUGAGAACCAGAAAGGAAAGAAAAUAAAAAACCCUGCUAGUGUUUUGUCAUCAUCUAACAAGCCUAGUGUAAAAGAAAUAAAAAAAGCAGGAGGAUCAAAGAGCAUUAAAUCAGAAGUUGAAAAUUCACAUGAAAGUGGAGAUCAGAGCUUACCAUCAACGUCUGGAAAGGUACAUGCAACAGAGAAGAAAACAAAGAUUAGCCAAAAGAAGGCCACGCCAGUAACCAGACCAGCCAAAACCCUAAACAGUAAGAAAGGGGGAUCUGCCAGUAUGAGUAAGUCAGACCCUUUACCUAGACAAUACUGAAGACCAAGACUCAGUAGGGGGGUGAAGUAAAAGUCUAAUGAUUCCU